UUGUCACUAACUUCCAUGUCGGAACUCGCGCCGGAGUUGCAAAGCAUGAUCGCGGCGGCCUUCCUGCCGUACGAAACCAGCGCGGCGAAGCGGGCUGUGCUGGACGCGAUGCUGGAGGUGCUGAAUGCGACGAUGGACGGGCUCCGCGCGGAGCGGAACGGGAUGGUGCCGAUCCACCGGCUGCCGAACGAGCUGCUCGUGCACAUAUUCAGCUACCACCCGGCGUGGGACGAGCGCGGCCUGGCGACGCGCAUGCUUGUGUGUCGGCGCUGGUUUGGGGUCGUGCUCGACUCGCCGACGCUGUGGAGCGUAAUCGACUUCGACUGGGAGGGCGUCAAGUACGGGUCGCUUAGGCGGCGGCUGGUGCGCUCGAAGGAUGCACCGUUGCGGGUCAAUAUAGAGCGGCUGAAGCAUACGGGCAUCACCGAGUUGCUGCUGGGCGCUUCGAGCCGGCUGCAGCAGCUCAGCAUAGCGGGGGCCCGAGAGUGCAUGGUCGACCUGCUGGAGCAAAUGUUUGCGCAGUCAUUCCCGCUCCUGCAAGAUUUGGCGUUGGAGAUGACAGACUACGGAGCGGAGGAGGAAGAAGAAUCGGAAGGGUUCCUCGUGGACUUGGAGCUGUCUGGUGCACUGCUCUCUCGAAUGCCAAACCUCUACGCGUUAAAACUGGUCAACAUAUCGACGGAAUGGACCUCCCUACACUCAUUGCGCUAUCUCACCAUCAACGCACGCAAGGCCAAUCUCGCCAACCCCAUCCAUUUCCAUGUCCUUCUUUCAAUACUGCGGGAAUGUCCCGAGCUCGUCGAACUGCAACUCGACUGUGUGCUCAUGCCAGGGACACCAGAGCUGUAUUCUGUUGUCCAUCUUCAACGCCUCACGCUCCUGCAUCUGCGCGACUCCUGUUUCUUCAUCGAAGACAUCCUCAACUAUGUCGUCUUCCCUGGCAAUACGCGACUCUCGCUCUUCCCGCUGGGCAUCAAUGACGGCAGCGACAUCCGCGCGCUGCUCGUACCGAUACGGCUACACCUGCGCUCCCCACUUUCCCCCGCGCCAGAGGUCAUGUCGUUCUCGGUCCCGAAGAGCGAGGACGGCGGGGUCAUCUCCAACUUCAAAAUCGACUUCGACACCGCCGCCAACCACGCCCGCGGAUUCAGCGACGCCCUCCAGCCGCUGCUCGGGCUGAAUUCCCACCCGCCAACCGCACGGUCGCUGCGGCAGAUCCUCGCCAAGAUCAUGCACGCAGUCCCCACUCAGCGCGUCACCCACCUGAGCGCCGAGAUCGCCCAUGACAUCAGCGCCAAGACGUGGGCGCUCGCACUCACGCACCUGCCGAGCCUGGAGCGGGUCGACAUUUUCCUCGAGAACAGCGCGGCGCAGCUGUGUCAGGCGCUCGCGGGUCUCAAAAAGGCACCCCCGCUCCGGCUGAUCCACGUUUCGGAUUUCACGCACGGGCCCGACGAGGAUAAGAGCUACGUGGCGCCGUUCCUCGGCGAACUGAAAACGCUCUUGCAGAAGCAUAGGGAUGCGGGGAGGACGGUUGAAAAGCUGGUUUUCAAGUUUUAUGCGUGGGGUGUGGAGAGGAGAAGCGAGCAGCCGCUCGUGGAAGACUGGUCCGAGAUCAAAGCGCUGGUCAGAGAACUCGUUGUCGAGGAAAAGCAGUGA